AACACGUAUCAUUUCAGGUCUUACAAGAAGUAUGUGAAUUGUCUGACCGAAGGCAUUGGUAAAUCCGACGAGGAGCAAGACAUGUUCCUCAAUUUACUUUAUCAAAACGAAUCGAUGCACAUCUCAUACGCGGGAAUCUGCCAUGACGUAAACGAUCUUAUAAAAGGUACCCAAUGCUUGGCGAUAACCGAAGAGUUGAAAGUAUGCUAUAAUAAUUUCGCCAGGUCACUUUCAAUGAUAACGGAGAAAUUUGAAGCGCCUCUACCUGAUCAUCCGGCUAGCGGUACCCUGAAAGCGUCAGCCUGCAACGUGACCGUUACAAGAUACAAAUGCGAACUCGCCAUCUACAGGCGCUGCAGCAAGAGAGUUGGGCAAAUUAUGAUGAACUUCUUGGUCGGAGCAUUGCCCAGUCGCUGCCAGAUUCAAAUGGGAGUGACAUCCGAGUACACUGCCAUGUAUGGAAGCAAUAUCAGUAGAGUUACUUCCAGUUGGCCCGUGGUGUUCUUGUGUGUUUUACUCACUCUAAAUUCCUCAUUCUUCCAAACAUUGCAAUAAAGUAUUUGUAUUGUUCUUCGCA